UGUUGUUUUAGAGCACUUAAAAAAAAAAAGAGAUUUUGAGUGCGUACACAAUGGAAGAAAUGAGGAGCAAGCCGAAUUACUUUUCCCUGUUCAUCUCAUGUGUACUACUCGGUACAUGUUGUUUCUCCAACCUAUGCUACUGCUUCAAACCAAAGAAUUUCACCUUAUCCGCCAUAGCUGCCCAUUGGUCAUCGGCAGGAGCAACAUGGUACGGCAGCCCCAACGGUGCCGGAAGCGAUGAUAGGUUGGAAUUGCAUGCAGGAGGCGCCUGUGGGUAUGGAAACCUGGUGUCGCAGGCACCAUUUUCUUCGUUAGUAACUGGGAUUGGCCCAUCUCUCUACAACGCAGGCAAAGAAUGUGGAGCCUGUUACCAGGUGAAAUGCACAAAGCAUCCGGCAUGCUCCGGCCAGCCAGUCAGAGUUGUUAUAACAGAUUUUUGUCCCGGAUAUCCAUGCACUUCCGGACCUGCUCAUUUCGACCUCAGCGGAACUGCUUUUGGUGCCAUGGCCGUUCCCGGGAAAGAACAAAAACUUCGCGAUGCCGGAGUUUUGGAAAUCAGCUAUGCACGUGUUUCUUGCGAGUAUCCGGGGACGAACGUUGCAUUCCGCGUUGAUCCGGGGUCCAAUCCUCAGUAUUUUGCCGUGGUUAUCGAGUUUGAAGAUGGAGAUGGUGAUCUUGCGGGCGUGGCUCUGAAGCAAUCAUCCGGACGUGAUGAAUGGUGGGAAAUGAAACGGUCGUGGGGGGCUGUUUGGAAGCUUGACGCUGGCUCUGUGUUACGACCCCCCUUCUCAAUUAGAUUGAGGUCACAAUAUUCAGGGCAGAUCCUGGUGGCCAAAAAUGUGAUUCCAGCAGGGUGGAAGCCUGGUGCAACUUACAGGUCUUUGGUCAAGUACCUCUGAUCCAUCCUGCACCAAGCCACCAACCAUCCAGUUCCGCCAGUUAUAGUAGUUCGAAUCCGGAACCUUGAGUUGCAGCAAGCUGCAAUUUGGAGCACACGAGAUUCCAGUACUGCGUAAAUUUAGAAUUGAAAUGCAAUGUCUACUUACUACAUAUAAUUAAGUAUUCAAUAUUAGAUGUUACCU